AUGCAAUCAUUAAUUAAAGUUCAAGUUGUGUUGUGGUUGCUUAUUGCCACAGUUUGGGGAAGAGAUUUCCAUAACGGUGUCACUGUGGACUGGGGUAAGCAAACAAUUCCCAAAGGUAACAUCCACGUUUGGUCCAAUGCUAUUUGGUCUAUGAUCAACAAUCAUAAUGCAGAGUUUCGUGGUAACAUUCAAGUUGAUAAUGAUGCCGGUCUUUAUGUUUCCAGUGUUACACCCAAGGUUUGCUUGCAUGCCAGAAUGCCUUCCCUGAAGUAUGGUAUUGUCAACAAUGGUGUCAUUUCCUUCAAUGCCAUCAAGGGUGCUAGAAACUACAGAUUUAAAAUCAUGGGUAACAAGUUUUUAAACAAUGGUGAUUUCUUUUUAGCCGGUUCAGGUGAAGGUUCUGUUGAAAGCUAUAUCAAAUCAAGAGACUGGCACAACAAUGGUUUACUUCACGUUUAUCAACUGAUGAAAAGUAAAAGUUAUACCUAUUUGGGUUACGUCAGAAAGACAAUGGUUAACAAUGGUCAAAUCUGUUUCACCAAUCAAAACUGGAAACAACACUCGAUCAUGUUGGGAAAAGGUUGUGUUACUGCUCAGGGCAAAUCAUCACUUUAUUUUAAGAAGACGGAUUUAAAAAUUUCUGAAGACGAAAUCUUUUACUUGAGUGGUGGUGAAACAUCGAUCAUGGCAGUUGGAUCAAAGAAAGAUCCACAAACAUUUCAUGUUAGAGGUUUCGGAACCUACGAUAAUGGUGUUGCAAACAAGAUUGGAUUAACUGGAAGGUUGAAAUCUCCUGCACCAGGCAAAACUCCAUGGUCUUACAAUGCUAGAGAUGGUAUCUUGACAUUAUACCAUGGAUUAUAUCAUCAAAAUUUCGAGAUUGGAACUGGUUAUGACUUUACCAAGUUCCAAGUUGUUACUGACACUAGUAGAGGAUUACCAAGUGUUACCUUGGGUGCUGUUCAAUACAAUGGUCCACCACCAAAUGCAGGCAUGCCAGGAGAGUGUAAACCAUGUAAGGCAAUUCCAAGUAUUCCAGGAGUGAGCUCGGAGCCUCAAACUUAUGCAAUUGAUACGUCUGGAAUUGCACCAAUUUCACUCGACGACUCAGACGAUGAGAAACCAGUCGAUGACAACGAUGACGAUUCAAAUGACGAUUCAAAUGAUGUAUCAGAUGAUGAAGGAUCUGAUGAACAAGCCGAUGACUCAAAUGACGACGCUGAUGUUUCUUCCGCACAAGAACCUGUCAGUAUAGUCAAGGUUAUUGCUACAGCAGUUGUUACUGCCACUGCCAUUCAAACCGCUACUGUAUCAGCAUGA